AGAGAGAGAGAGAGAGAGAGAGCGAGACUCGCUACAGGCGGAGCGGAUCCGUAAUGUAACGAUCAUUCGGAAACACCUCUUCCCUCCUGGAUUAAUUUCUGCAUUUACAUCCUGCCGCUUUCACGGAGCUGUAUCCUGUAUACUGGACUUCUGUUUUGUUUUGUAUGUGCACGCGUCUCGUCAUGCCGAUCACACGCUCGGUUGAAAGUCGUGCUCUGCGCGCCGCGGUCUGGGUGGGCUUCAUGUGCGGAAUCAUCCUGACCCAAGAUGAGGCUGUUCAAACUACUCCGCUUACCUCUCAUGCAGUGUUCCAGGGUGCAAUUCCUAGAGAAAGCCAAGAUCAAAAGCGCAUAAGGCCUCACAAGGGGGUGAAAAUCCCCACAGAUCUGCUCCCCAUGCUUGAGAAGAAUACUGACUCUGGACAUAAUCAUGAAACACUGCCAGUAAGAAAGAUGCUGCUUGACAAAGCUUUACGUCCAACUUGGUCUCCAGUAGAAGCUCUUGAAACCCCUACUACACUUAAUACUAAUAAUCCUACCACAGCUGCACAAGCUGCUAGUGAAAGCAAGCCACCACUCACUUCAUUAGUCAACACAACAAUGGAAAUGAAAGCAGAGCCAGACUUCCCUCCUGUUGCAUCAAGCUGUAUGAUCAAUUACUCUGACCCCGAGGGCUACAUUGAUUCGUCAGAUGAUUUGCCGAUUCCAGAUGGCGCUUUCCUGCAGUGCACUUACACAGUGACUGUGUAUACAGGUUAUGGGGUGGAACUGCAGGUCAAAAGUGUUAACCUAUCAGAUGGUGAGCAGCUAUCAAUCAGAGGGGUAGAUAAGGAUGGCACUUUGCUGGUACUCGCCAAUCAGACGCUGCUGGUGGAGGGUCAAGUGAUCCGCAGCCCAACCAAUACUAUGUCUGUAUUUUACCGCUCUUUACCUGAGGGGAGCAUGGGCACGUUCCAGCUUCAUUACCAAUUGUUCCAUCUAAGCUGCCCUUUGCCACGACGGCCGCACUUUGGGGAGGUAUCCGUUUUGGAUUUGCGCCCAGGAGGUACAGCACAUUUCUCCUGUCACAUGGGUUACCAUCUGCAGGGUGCAACAAUACUGACCUGCCUCAAUGCCUCUCUGCCUGCCUGGAACCAGCAUGAACCCAGCUGUAAAGCCCUCUGUGGAGGUACAGUAAAAAACGCCACCGUGGGCAGAGUGCUAUCACCAUCACCUCGUGUGAGUUCAAACAACACCCUUGACCGCAGCUGCUCCUGGUCCCUAGAGGCUCCCAGUGGUCAGCGACUCCAUCUCCAUUUGGAGAGGAUGAUCCUAGGACCAACAGACCGGCUUGUUUUGUGGAGUGGUCUGGAUGCAGGCUCUGUAGUUCUGUUUGACUCUGAUCGAGGGGUUCCUCUCCCAUUUGAGGGAGUCAUCAGUGAGGGCCCAGCAGUCAGAAUCCAAUUUAUAACAGACAAGCCGAACAGCCAGAACACUGGUUUCAGUAUCCAUUAUGAGGCUUUUGAGAAGGGCCACUGCUAUGAGCCAUACAUCCAGAAUGGAAACUUUAGCACCACAGAUCCAACCUAUGGUGUGGGAGCCAUAGUACAGUUUUCCUGUGAACCUGGCCAUUCUCUGGAGCAAGGCCCUCCUGUCAUUGAGUGCAUAAACACACGAGACCCCUACUGGAAUGACACAGAGCCUCUGUGUAAAGCUUUAUGUGGGGGAGAUCUGUCUGGACCCAGCGGCUUAAUCUUAUCCCCAAACUGGCCUGACUGGUACGGUGAAGGUGAGGACUGCAGCUGGAGGAUUCAUGUCGGUGAGGAAAAGCGUAUCCUGCUGGAUGUGCAGCUUCUGAACCUUAGUAACAGUGAUAUGCUGACCAUUCUGGAUGGUGAUGAGGUCAACGCACAUAUCUUGGGCCAAUAUGUGGGAGGAAACAGUCCAUUCAAGCUUACCUCCUCUACUCCUGAUCUUACCAUAACCUUUCAUUCUGAUCCAGCUGGCCUGGUCUUCGGCAAGGGGGAGGGUUUCAUCAUCAAUUAUAUGGAGGUGUCUCAUAAUGAUUCAUGCCCGGACCUGCCUGAGAUUCAGAAUGGCUGGAAGACAACAUCACACACCGCACUGGUACGUGGGACACGUAUCACUUAUCAGUGUGACCCAGGCUAUGACUUGGUGGGCAGAGAGACCCUCAUCUGUCAGCUGGACCUGAGCUGGAGCACCCAGCCGCCCUUCUGUGAAAAAAUUAUGUACUGUACAGACCCAGGUCAUGUUGAGAACUCUCUGAGGACUCUCUCAGAUCCCAAACUGCUGGUGGGAGCUACCAUUCAGUACAGUUGCAAUCUAGGCUACAUACUGCAGGGUGGUGCCAUUUUAACUUGCUAUGGCCGUGAACCUGGUACUCCAGUAUGGACAUCUCACUUGCCACAUUGUAUCUUGGAAGAGUCAGUGUCCUGUGAGAAUCCUGGCCUUCCUGACAAUGGUUAUCAGAUUCUGUAUAAGCGGCUGUAUUUGCCUGGCGAGUCCCUGAACUUCAUGUGUUAUCAGGGUUAUGAACUCAUCGGUGAGAUCACAAUCAAAUGUAUACUGGGGAAUCCUUCAUUUUGGAGUGGUCCAUUACCCAAGUGUAAAGCUAAUCAUGAAUGCACUGGCAACCACGCUUUAGAAGUGGCAGAGGCUACGGCAGAGUCUUCGCUGGAUGGUGGAAGCAUGGCUCUGGCCAUAUUCAUAUUAGUACUGUUACUGUCAGUCUUUCUUGGAGGCACCUAUAUCUAUGUCAGAAGGUGUCAUUCAAACCUGCGUUUGCCUCUAAUGUACCCUCACCCAUACAGACAGAUCACUGUGGAGACAGAGUUUGAUAAUCCUUUAUAUGAUACUGGAGGGGACACAAGAGAAUAUGAAGUGUCAAUAUGAACAGACGUGUUGUGGAUAAAUUCUCAAAUGCAGAGGAAGUGAUGUAUAUAGCUCCUGAUAAUUCCACUGCUACCCAACCUCCCAAAUCUCUAAAUCUACAGGAUGCAAUGCAGCCAAAUCAGGUUAGAGAGAGAGAGAAAGAGAGAGAGAUACACAAAAUAAGGAUGGGAGGUGGUCAUAUGGAAGAGUGACUGUGAAGGAGUUUGUGAAGAAGGUGAAUAAUUGAAAAAGUGACUGUGGUUUUACUAUCCAGUUUGAAUAUUAUGCACUUACAGCAGGAGCUGUCUUGUUUAAAAAA